AUGCCCAAAGUCAGUUCCAAAGAGCUCAGCCCUCAACAACCUGGAAUAAGCCUCGCCGCCGCCGCCGGCGGUCCCCGCCUUCGCCGGAGACCCCUUGUCCGCCAGCCCAAACGUGUGCAGCCUCGAAGUGGAUCUGCAAGGUAUGAACCUACGGAGGCCGAUUUGGACGGCGACGAGGAGGCGGACAGAUUGGAUAUGGUCCUCGGGGACAUCGAUUUGAGCGGGGAUGAGAGGGUUCUGGCGGCGGGGGACGGGAAGGUGUCGAGGCGGAGGGAGGCGCCGGACAUGGACGGCGGCAGGUUGAUGCCGGACUUUCUUCUCUGCGUGGUGCUAUACUUUUUAAGGGAGCUAACGGUCAGUUGUGAUGAAGAAGGUAAGCUGGAAGCCUGGAAUCAGGCCAUUGCCAAAAGUACACACUGCAACUAG